UGUAUUUUACUAUUAUGGGUAGACUUCAUUUUCAGUGUGUUGGAGUGCGUUCGUAAAUUUUAGUACAUCAGCUUUCUUCUUUACCGACUAAUUUGUAAACAACGCUGUUCUGCCUGCUGCGGGAAAGUUAAAGCAAAACAAUCUGGUGGUGCUUCUGGAUCGCUUUUUACGUUUACCGGUUCCAACAAUGUCCUCACAGCAAUCAACGGUAAUCCACUGGUUCCGCAAGGGCCUACGUGUGCACGAUAAUCCCGCACUGGUAGCAGCGAUUCGCCGAUGCUACGAUUCACCGCAGCAACACGCUUUGAGGCCCAUUUUUAUCCUCGAUCCCGAGAUCGUUCAGUGGCUGCGAGUGGGACCCAACCGGUGGCGGUUCCUGCAGCAAUCGCUGGUUGAUUUGGAUAAAAAUCUCCGGAAAAUCAAUAGCAGGCUUUACGUCGUGCGAGGAAAGCCAGAGGAUGUGUUUCCAAAGUUGUUUAAGGAGUGGAAGGUUUCUUUCCUCACAUUCGAACGUGACAUCGAACCGUACUCACUGAAACGGGAUGCAACCAUUGAAAAGCAAGCCAAGGAGCAUGGAGUUAAAAUACUGAUUGAGAAAUCUCUUACGAUCUACGACCCGGAUGCGAUUCUGAAGAUGAAUUCCGGAAGACCGCCGCUGACUUACCAGAAGUACGGUUCGUUGGCAGCUGCUUUGAAGAUCCCUCAGCCAGUUGAUGCACCGCAGGUGCCGUUACCUUCGGAAUCCGUUCCGAAGCAGGACGUAAAUGAGCGGAAGAUGGCCAACUGUUACGAUCCACCGUCACUCGUUGAAUUGGGAGUAAAAGAGGAAGAUUUGGGUGAAUGUAAAUUUCCUGGCGGUGAAACGGAAGCACUUCGGCGUCUUGAGGAGCAGAUGAAGCGGAAAUCUUGGGUCUGCUCGUUCGAGAAACCAAACACUUCUCCGAAUUCACUGGAACCGAGCACAACAGUUCUGAGCCCUUACGUGAAGUUCGGCUGUCUCAGUGCAAGAUUGUUCAUGCGAGAGCUGCAGUCCGUGCUUAAAGGCCAGAAGCAUUCGCAACCCCCGGUGUCUUUGGUCGGACAGUUGAUGUGGCGUGAGUUCUACUAUUGCGCUGCAGCCGCUGAGCCGAACUUUGACAAAAUGGCAGGGAACAGUAUCUGCCUUCAAGUCCCGUGGGAUACCAACAAGGAGUUUUUGGAAGCGUGGACCUAUGGCCGGACCGGUUAUCCGUUUAUCGACGCAAUCAUGCGUCAACUAAGACAGGAAGGAUGGAUCCACCAUUUGGCACGGCAUGCCGUCGCUUGCUUUCUGACUAGAGGGGAUCUUUGGAUUUCCUGGGAAGAAGGCCAACGUGUAUUCGAGGAACUUCUACUCGAUGCCGACUGGGCUCUGAACGCUGGCAAUUGGUUGUGGUUGUCGGCCUCUGCUUUCUUCCAUCAGUAUUUCCGGGUGUACAGCCCGGUGGCGUUUGGGAAGAAAACCGACCCAGAGGGGAAGUACAUCAAAAAGUACGUUCCAGAGUUGGCCAAGUAUCCUUCCGGAAUAAUCUACGAACCAUGGAAGGCAAGUUUGGACGUCCAGAAGAAGCUGGGAUGCAUCAUUGGGAAGGAUUACCCGAAAAGAAUCGUCAUACACGAGGAAAUACACAAAAAGAAUAUCCAAAAGAUGACAGAAGCCUACCGGAAAAACAAAGCCGUCAAGGAGGGGGUAAUGAAAGGGGAUAAAGAUCCGGAAGCUCCUAGUUCUAGUGGAAAACGUAAAUUGAGCACACCGACGUCGUCAACCACGAAGAAACCGAAGCUCAGGGAAACCCUUACCAAGUACCUCAAGAAGAAGUAAGAAUCGAGAA